GGAGAAAAAGGGAAAUAUACAAAUGGUUCAAAAACCCCACUAGGCUCUCUCAGACACGGAGGCUGGUUUCCUCCAUUGACACUAUCCCACUACCUUCAAGAUCCCACCUUCUAUGUUAAAUCUAAACUCUCUCUCUCUCUCUCUCUCUCUCUCUCUCGACCAAUUAGGAGCAGAAACAAAUUGACAAAAAAGAAACGUUUCUGUUCAAAGAUUAAUUGCAUCCCUUUUGAUUUCUACCGUUCUUCUUAAACCAAACUCGUUUCUGUUUUAUUAAUUCCUUUCCUCUGUGAGCAUUAAAAGAAAAAGAAAAAAUAUCAUUACUUUGCUUCUUUCUCACUGUUACUUUCUCUUCUCUCUCUGUAUCCCUCUUCUUGCGUUUGAAGCCAUUUCUGUCCCUUCUGCCACUUCGAUUUAUCUCUCUCUCUCAGGUUUAAAACUUAGAGCUUAAGAUUACCCACAACAGAACAAAAGACCUUCCUCGUGAUCAUCGGAGGAAGCUGAUCUCUUCUAUGGAAUGGAGACUUUGGUGUUCCUCCUAAAGAUCUGUCUAGUUUCGUCGGUUUUAGUUGCUGCUUCUUCCUCAGGAUUGGAUUUGUUACCUCCGUUAUCAUCACCACCAUCACCGUUACCUGAAUCUUCUUCAAAAGGGUUUGGUCAAGCACCGAUCAGUCCACCUGAAUCUCACAACACAUCCAGCAGCAAUGCGCCACCGCCUCAACCGUCUAGUCCUCCCAUAGCUGACGUGGCAGCUCCUCCGCCUUCUCUUCCUCCUAUAGCUGACGUGGUAGAUCCUCCACCGUCGGGUGGGCCUGUUGCCUCUGUUCCUAAUGCUCCAGCUCCUGCUACAAUACCCGUGAAGGAUUUGCCGGGAAAAUCUCCUCCAGUUCUACCUGUUAUCACACCGGUUGCUUCACCACCAAGAGAUGCACCAAAAGAGCCUGGAAGAGUAUCUCCAGGCCCUGUUUCAUCCCCUGUUUCGGAUAUUCCACCAUUACCAUCAGUGCCUCUGCCUCCGCCUAUACCAAUCGUUGUACCUCCUAAAAAUGAUUCCAACAGUCACAAGCAGAAGCCUAUUGCUCCUGUUGCAUCUCCACCAACAAUAUCGAUUGACAUUUCACCACCAGUCCAUCCAGUCAUACCAAAGUUACCUUCUAGUUCACCUGUGCCCACCUCUAGUCCAACAAAGGGAUCUCCAAUAAGAAACUCGCCUGUUACCCACCCCGUUUUCCCAAUUGAAUCCCCUGCUGUCUCACCAGAUCAUCCACCGCCCAGCGACAAUGGAGAUGAGAACAAAAAUCCGGUUGCUGCACCCUCAAACGAAGCUGCUAAACCCUUGCCUGUCUUCCCACAUAAAGCUUCUCCUCCUCCUUCCAUAGCUCCCUCAGCUCCGAAAUUUAACGGGAACUCUCAUCACGUAUCUCCUCCAUCUACUACUCCACCGCCAGAUUCUACUCCCACUAAUGUACACCGCUCAGCAUCUCCUCCUCCACCUUCAUCCCAUCGGCAUCAUCAAGGGCGAAAUAAGAUCACAAUUAGUCCAGCUCCUUCACCACCACCAACGCAUCUUAUAUCUCCCAGGAAGCCUAAGCGUAAUGGCUCAGUGUCAUCUCCUCUUCCAUCACCACACCAUGCUCGUUCUUCUUUGAUUUCUCCUGCUCACCCUCCAAUCACUUCCUCAAUGGAUCAUAUCUCCAUAGCUCCAGCACCUUCUCCUACCCAAGUUUUUCCUCUCAGGUCCUCUUCACGACCUUCAAAGUCUCGGAAGUUCCCACUCGCUCCGCCUCUUCAAGCAUUUCCUCCUCCUCCCCCUAACUCAGAUUGUUCAUCAACCGUUUGCUUGGAACCAUACACGAACACACCUCCUGGAUCUCCAUGUGGCUGCGUCUGGCCUAUCCAGGUCGAGCUUCGGCUAAGCAUGGCCCUCUACGACUUCUUCCCCAUGGUUUCAGAAUUCGCUCGGGAAGUAAGCGCUGGAGUGUUCAUGAAACAGAGCCAAGUCCGUAUAAUGGGAGCCAACGCAGCAAGCGAACAGCCAGAUAAAUCUAUUGUUCUUGUCGACUUAGUCCCACUCGGAGAUAAGUUCGAUAACAUGACAGCAAUGCUUACUUACCAGAGAUUCUGGAGUAAAAAAGUACAAAUCUUUUGCCAGUACGACGUGGUUUACGUCCGUUAUCCCGGUUUACCUGCUUCUCCGCCGGUUUCCGGUAUGACCGUUAUAGAUCAAGGACCUUACCCCGGUGAUAACAACGGUAGAGCUAUGAAACCGCUCGGAGUUGAUGUUCCAAAGAAGAUGCGGAAGAAAGAGCUCAACGGUGAAACUAUUGCUGUGAUUGUUUUAUCAGCUGCUGCUUUUAUCGGUUUAUGCUUCGUCAUUGUUUGGUUCUUGCUUUUCCGGCGAAGAAGAGAUCAGAGGCUGUCUAAAAGAGCAACACUUGCUCAACCUUCACUGCCUUCCCUGGCGAAACCAUCAGGUUCUACCAGAUCUUUAACCGGAAGCAGGCUUAGCUCAACUUCACUGUCCUUUGCGUCAAGCAUUGCUCCGUUCACACUCUCUGCCAAGACGUUCACCGCAAGCGAAAUAGUGAAAGCAACCAAUAACUUUGCGGAGUCUAGGGUUCUUGGUGAAGGCGGGUUUGGACGGGUCUACGAAGGUCUUUUCGAUGAUGGAACUAAAGUAGCGGUUAAAGUGUUGAAGAGAGAUGACCAGCAAGGUGGGAGAGAGUUCUUGGCUGAAGUUGAAAUGCUUAGCCGUCUUCAUCACAGAAACUUGGUGAAUCUGAUUGGUAUCUGUAUAGAAGAUCGUAACCGUUCUUUGGUUUAUGAACUUAUACCAAACGGCAGCGUUGAAUCUCACCUCCACGGUGUUGAUAAAGAGGCUUCGCCUUUAGAUUGGGAUGCUCGGUUGAAGAUAGCUCUUGGUGCAGCCCGUGGAUUAGCGUAUUUACACGAAGACUCGAGCCCUAGAGUCAUACACAGAGACUUCAAGUCUAGUAACAUCUUGCUUGAACAUGACUUCACGCCUAAAGUCUCUGACUUUGGACUGGCUCGAAACGCACUUGAUGAUGAAGAUAACAGACAUAUCUCUACACGUGUAAUGGGAACUUUCGGGUAUGUGGCGCCAGAAUACGCAAUGACAGGUCAUCUUUUGGUGAAGAGUGAUGUGUACAGCUACGGAGUUGUGCUUCUCGAGCUACUCACGGGGAGGAAGCCGGUGGAUAUGACUCAGCCACCAGGUCAAGAGAACUUGGUUUCAUGGACUAGGUCUCUUCUCACGAGCAGAGAAGGGCUUGAAGCUAUUAUAGACCAGUCUUUAGGACAACCCGAGAUUCCAUUCGAUAGCAUAGCUAAAGUCGCUGCGAUAGCUUCGAUGUGCGUUCAACCUGAAGUAUCGCACCGUCCUUUCAUGGGAGAGGUAGUGCAAGCUUUGAAACUUGUGUGCAACGAAUGCGACGAAGCUAAGGAGCUCAACUCUGUAGCUUCGCUUACUCAAGAUGAGAAUCGAGCUGAGAGCUCUUGUGGUGGAGAAGGCUCGGGGAGGAUGGCUCGGUAUCCGUUGCUACCGAGUUACGACUCUGAGCCUGACACGGAGAAAGGACUUUCUGUGUCGGAGAUGUUCACCGGUUCAGGGAGGUUAGAGAGACAGUCUAACUCGGGUCCCUUGGCUUCAGGUCGAGGCAAGAGGUUCUGGCAGAAGAUGAGGAGGUUGUCGACGGGAAGCUUGAGCGAGCACGGGUCAGCAUCGCUCAUGUUACGAUCUGGUUCGCGUUGAAAGAUCGUUUCCGUGUACAGAACAUUUGGGGGUUUCUGAUUGCCCUAAGUUAAGAAAGGAAAAGGAAAGAGAGUGUGUCUUGUGAUACAAGCAAGCAACUCUUUACCUUCUGGAUACCGGUUAAGGAACAGAUUGGAAGAGAUCAUUCCCGGUUAAUUAGUCAUAUUUGUAUCUUAGACGAAACAAGAGAUUCUGUUUGAUCUUAAUUUCAAUGUACAUAUCACGUUAAAGGC